AUUAUACAUAUAAAUUUUAAUUUGUUUUCCUGCAGAUGAAAGUAAUAAUUUUUAACUUUUUUAAAAAAAUAAUAUGCCUUUUUUAAAGACCAAAUCCCACUAUCACUCCAAAUCAAAAAAAGGUGGUAGAAAUGGAUUACAAACCGUUAAUUAUGAAAAUGGCGAUUCUUACUCCGGGGAAUGGAUGAAUGACUUUAAAUGCGGGUACGGAACGAAAGUAUGGCGAAGUUUGAAUCUUGUGUACAGCGGAUACUGGAAAAAUGAUAAAAGGAGUGACUUGGGAGAAAUUUAUCUCCCAGAAUCACCUGAAAAUUAUCUAUACAGUGGAACAUGGAAGAGAGAUCGUCGAAGUGGACAUGGUAUCGAAUACUGCAGAGACGGCAGCCGCUACGAAGGUGGAUGGAAGAAAGACAAAAGAUCUGGCCAAGGCAGAAUGGACUAUGCAGAUGGAUCGAUUUACGUCGGACAGUGGUCAAAAGGCAAAAGAUCUGGAUUCGGAAAAAUGGUAUAUGCAGAUGGAGCAUAUUACACUGGAAACUGGUUUCAAGACAUGCGAUGGGGAGAAGGAACUUUCGUAGCUAGCAAUAAAGACCGAUACAAAGGCUCUUGGAGAAGUGAUAUGAAAAAUGGGGAAGGCAUAUAUAAUAUUCAUGCUUCAGCAGUUGAAUUAGCGGGAGUUUGGAUAAAUAAUAUUCCACGCUGCUGUACUCUGCGUGUCACCAAACAAGACGGCAUCACUUUUCCAAUGAAGCUGGAAAUCCCAGAGUGCACAUUGAAGGAUUCUCAGGCAGUGAUUGAGGAAGCAACAGCUCAUUACUUAUCGAAACUGAAGGACGAAAAUUCGAUGUAAUAAAAC